AUGGCCACCCCCCCACCUUUUUGCCCGAUUCCGAUGUCUAGCAUCAAGCCAGGGUCUAGCAUCAACCCGGGGUCAACCGCCUUGGACUUCCCACACGCCGCCCCCGUCAGCCUGGUCUCCAGUUGCGACCUCCCCUCCAGCUCCAUCCCCUCAACCACAACUGCCACCCUAUCCAUCCACACGCCGCCGCACCAACAUCUCACCCUCCCAUCCAUCCACGUGCCACUGUACCAACAUACCACCCUCCCAUCCAUCCAUCAUGUGGUACAAGGCCUUGCUAGAGAACACCCCGGCUUCCCCGACCCCUUCCACGCGCUCCCUAUCACGCAAGUGUUCCUCCCCCCCUUGAUCGGCGCGAUUUCAUAUGGCGCUGUCGGCGACCAACCCAACCACAACAACACCGCCCAGCCGCUCUCCGGCUCGGCUACCACGCACAACACGACGUUGUCAAUGAGCCUCGAUCGGCGGCGGAGUCCCAGUCCCGCCUGGUUGAAAGGCGGGAUGGACGGCGACAACAAUAUGGAGGUGGACGAGGAGGAUGAGGACGAGGAGGAGGAUGAGGACGAGGAGGAGGAUGAGGACGAGGAGGAGGAGAAGGAGGAGGAGGAGGAGGAGAAGGAGGAGUGGCUACGCCAACAGCCGGUAGAGCACUUUUGGGUACCGGGGCGCGGGUGGCAGCCGGGUCCUUGGAAGCUGAGGUGCGGUCACGUGGUGGAUGAGACGUGGUGGGUCGAUUGGAAGGGCAGGUCCCUUGCUUUUAGGGUGUGUCUGUUGUUCGGGGUCUGA